AUGUCCACACCACUGGAGGACGCAAUGGACAGCUUGAUCAGGAUUUUCCAUCACUACUCUGGCAAAGAAGGAGACAGAUACAAGCUCAGUAAAGGAGAACUCAAGGAGCUGCUCACCAGUGAGCUCACUGACUUUCUUUCAGGCGAAAAGGACCCCCUUCUGGUUGAUAAGAUUAUGAAAGAUCUGGACUCCAAUAAAGACAACGAAGUGGAUUUUAAUGAAUUUGUCAUUCUGGUUGCUGCUUUGACUGUGGCAUGCAAUGAUUUCUUUGAAGAACAGCUAAAGAGAGAGGAAUUUUAA